GCAAACAAUGUAAAAGCGCAUAUAACCACUGAAGUGGCAAAUAAAUUAAAAAUAAUUUAAAAAUAGACAGUGCCACGCGGCUGGCAAGAAACAUUUUUGGCAUAAGUGCUCAAUAUAUUAGUUCAGCUCAAAUAAAAUCCCUUAUAUUGGGCACGGUAGAGCUUAAAGGUGUUGGAUCGAGCACAGCCAAAAAUCUCGCCGCUGAAGUGCUAAAAGUCCUAAAUAAAUACAAUAUAAACUUAAGCCAAAUAGUGUCAAUUACAUCUGACAAUGGUGCCAACAUGCUUAAGACAACAAAUAUAUUAUCAUUUGUUUUCGAUGAAAAUCUUGGCGAGGACGACGAAUAUUGUUCAAACGAUGAAUAUUUAAAAAUAAUUGAAAAUAUUGAAAAAGUGCCAAACGUGUUAAUAGGGAAUAUUCAAGUUUGUCGUUGUGCUGCACAUACAGCUCAACUGGUUGCUCUCGAUGUUACCAAAUCGUCGGAUAUGUUGAAAUACCUAUUUAAUUGUCGCAACAUGACGAAAUUUAUAAGAAAAGCUUCAAAUGGAUUUCGCGAAAUAUUCGAGCUGAAACUGCUAAAAAUGCCGCAACUAGAUUGUCCGACCAGAUGGGGAUCCACAUACACGAUGCUAAAGGAUUUGUUAGUGGCUAAAGAUGAAUUAACUGAAAUUGAGUCAACUGAAAACAAAAUCGAAGAAUACAAUUUUGAAGUGGAUGCAUCGUUGUGGGAUUUUAUUGAAAACUAUUGCUUAGUUUUCAGUCCAUUGCAGAAAACAAUAAAAAAAUUUCAAGAAGAGCAACUGCAUUAUGGAAAUUUUUACGCCCAAUGGCUAAAAUUAAAAAUUUGCACAGAAAAAGUUGUAAAUGAUGCAACUCACGAUAUGACAAGAACGAUUGGCGAAAAGAUUCUGAGCUCUAUAGAAAGGCGAUCGAAAAUAUUAUUAAAUAAAAAAUUUCUCAUUUCGUGUUUAUUUUUGGAUCCUCGUUUCCAACAUACACUAACACCACAACAAAAAAAUGAUGCAGUGAAUCAUUUGAAAUCGAUAUGGGACAGAAUAAACGACAUAAAUUCUACUGGACAGUUAUGCUCAACCCCGAAUUCGGGCUCACAUCAAUCUGUGAACCAUUUUUUUGAUGAAGAAGAUGAAUUGUUAAACGCUUACUUAGAGCAAGGGAUCCAAACGGAAGUCAGUAGUACAUUCGACGUAUACUCAAAGAUUGACAAUCUUCAACUUCCUUUCCAAAGAAUCGAUGCAGACGUUCUCACAUUUUGGAAAGGAAAGCAGUGCACUGACCAGGAGCUAUAUGCACUAAGUAAUGUUUGCUUUGCUGUACCACCAACUCAGGUGACGUUUGAACGAGCAUUUUCGACGUUAAGACUUGUACUUACUGAUUACCGAAAUCGACUAAGUCAGGAAGUACUAGAGAAUAUACUGCUGGUCAAAUUGAAUCCAAGCUUUCUGGCCUCAGCGAUUGACAACUUAUCUCUUUUUCAAGAUGACGAAGAUUUUGAAAAUUUAUUUUGAAAAAUAUUGUAUUUUAUGAAAAAAAUGAAUUAAAAAAAAAAAACAAACAAAUUGUCAAACUGUUUAAUUUAUUAGGAUAUAGGGGAACAACAAACAGCAUAAGCAGCAAAGUAAAUCUCGACAGCAGUCGCGAAUCGAAAGCAGCAGCAAAGCAAAAUCAAAACUUUUCAAACGGCGACUGCUGCUGCUGGCGACUUGCAGAAGUCGAGCAGUUGCUGCUGCUUCGACUUGCGUUGCUUAGCGAAAGCAGCAGCAAAGCAAAAUCAAAACUUUUCAAACGGCGACUGCUGCUGCUGAUUUGCUUUUCGUCGGCGAUCGUUUUUUGCUUUUGCUUU